AAGCUUGAAAACAAAAGAAUACAGAACUUGCACAUUUUUGGCAGCCUUUAAGUACAAUUUUUAAAAAUAUUUUUAAAAAUAAGUUUAGUUAGAUGUAAGAGACCGUGCGAGAGUUAGUAUAUCGUACUGAGAAGUUGGAGUUAGAAGAAUUGUUUAUGGACUCCGUGAAAAUACACUGUAUUCAAAACGUGUUGUGUAUAAGUACGUAGGACUUCUUGGAGAUUUUUGGCAUACAGUUAUUAUGAAAGAAACAGUUAGUUUAUUUCCUGAAAGUUAUAAGCAAGUCAAUAUGUGGUUGAACUUGAGAGUUUUAUAACCAAGUAAAUGUGUGGUGAACUUGAGAGUCUUAUAACCAAGUCAAAGUGUGGUGGAACUUGAGAGUCUUAUAACCAAGUAAAUGUGUGGUGAACUUGAGAGUCUUAUAACCAAGUCAAAGUGUGGUGGAACUUGAGAGUCUUAUAGCCAAGUCAAUGUGUGGUUGAACUUAAGAGUCUUAUAACCAAGUGAAUGUGUAAUGGGACUUGAGAGUAUUUUAACCAAGUCAAUGUGUGAUGGAACUUGAGAGUCUUAUAACCAAGUCAUUGUGUGAUGGAACUUGAAAGUCUUAUAACCAAAUCAAUGUGUGAUGGAACUUGAGAGUCUUAUAACCAAGUCAUUGUGUGAUGGAACUUGGGAUUCUUAUAACCAAGUGAAUGUGUGGUGAACUUGAGAGUCUUAUAACCAAAGCAAUGUGUGGUGGAACUUGGGAGUCUUAAAAAGUGAACGAAAAAAUGCAUAAAUGGGUUGUCAGCUCCAUUCGGACUGCAAACACUUUUCACUUGUUCUAUCGUGCUUCGCGGAUCCAUUUUGAAAAGAGGAAAUAAUUUCAGUAUAAAACAAUCUAUUUUUAGCGUGGUCGUCCUAUAUUUAUAUACAUCGUUGACAGCAAUUUGGAGAUACGGAUUGCCUAGCUAUUAACUAACUCAGACAUGGCUAACUGUCAAUGAUUUCAGAAAUGGCUAGCUGUCAGCUAAUUAAAACGUGACAUGCAGUGAACUAUUUCAGACAUCGCUAUAGCUGUCAACUAUUUCAGACAUGGCUACAGCUGUCAACUAUAUCAGAUUUGGCUAUGGCUGUCAAAGAGUUCUCACAUGGCCAACUACCGUUUCUCCCUAUUAGUUAAUUUCCUGAACAUAACAUUUGUAAUAUUAUCUUUUUUUUUUUUAAAUGUGAUCUAGAGAUCCAAUUUUGAGUGAGGGUGCUGUUGGUGGAAAAUAACACCAUCUGUUUCAUAUAGCAUCAAUAUAUUUGAUUACUUGCGUUGAUCCCUUAAGCCGUCAAGCGCGUUUAGAAAAAAGAAAGAAAAAAAGGAAGUAAGCAUCAUUUAAUACCACCAGCGAGCGCAACAGCUGGCUUGAGUCACAUACACGGAGACAGGGAAUGCUGAUGUUGCGCUGCUAGGGAUGAGAAACACGAGACGAGUUUUGGAGGCAUGAAACGAAUCAAUUACGGUUAGCCGAAGUGUGUACGAAAUGGCCGUAUGACAUUUAUGAUAUAUUUUUGGGAAGAGGGGGGGUGUAAAAAAAAAGUGGGGGGGAGGGGGCGGAAGAAGAAUUUGACCUAGUUUGCUGUACCUUAAAAAAGUGUGGUCAGUUAUACAAAGAAACAAUUUCUACAAAAAUACACUUUGGGAUGUCAUUGUAAAGAUGUUGUCUUUUGUCCACAUUAAGAUCAAAGUUCAAUUCUUAUAUUUGUAUAGUUUUUUGGUGACCCCCCCCCCUCCAACCCUGGUGAACCAUUGCUAGCAAUAUACAUGAGCCUUGUAACCCACUCCCUUACUCAGCCUACUGUCUCACCCACAGCCCACAUCGUCAUCAUUGCAGAUCAAUAGUUUCCCAAUAUACUCUGCCUACUUUUAUUGUUAUUUGUUAAUCGAAUACUGUAAAAAAAAACAAAACAAGAAGAAAAACUGUCGCCAUGUAUAUUGCUGCGUCUGGACGAGGUUUGCAUACGUCAAUGCAACAUCUGUUCCUCAGCCAAUGGUCACCUCACAUUUUUUCUCGAAGCAUCAGUGAACAGUUGAUUGCUAAACAAGAUCUUACACUUAAAAAGUCUGAGGAAAAUCUCUCUCUCUUUUUUUUUUUACAUUUCUGUUUUCGGUGUAGCCCAGGGGUGUAGCCAUGGCGGAACCCUUUUUAUGGCAGGGCUUACCUUGAUGUUGUCCUGGUUCUUGUUAUGUGGCCAAGGUAUGGCCUACCUUGGAGGUUGUCAUGGUUCUUGUUAUGUGGCCAAGGUAUGGCCUACCUUGGAGGUUGUCAUGGUUCUUGUUAUGUGGCCAAGGUAUGGCUUACCUUGGAGGUUGUCCUGGUUCUUGUUAUGUGGCCAAGGUAUGGCUUACCUUGGAGGUUGUCCUGGUUCUUUUUAUGUGGCCAAGGUAUGACUCACUUGGGGGUUGUCCUGGUUCUUGUUAUGUGGCCAAGGUAUGGCCUAUCUAAAACAAUAAAAAUAUUAAAAGCAUUAUAAUAAUUAUUAUGGCACCCAAAUGUUUUUUCAUUGCUAUUUUCUUCUUGGUUGAAAAACAACAAUAUUUUCAAAGUAACGUAUUGUAUAUUUGCAUAUGAUCAUGAGAAUUAAACCCGAAAGGACUGAACAAGGAAUUAAAUAUAGGAAUUUGGUAAGAUCUCAGACACUUCAGAAGAAGUAGCAUCACUAACANUGUUUUUUUUUUUGGGGGGGGGGAGGAGGGACACACCAAACGGUUAAUUUAAAAAUGUUAGAUUUCUUUCGGGGUUAUUACAGGACGGAUCGUAGCUUAAUACAAGAGCAGGGAUUCACCAGAACUGGACGCCGCCCCCCCCCCCAGAGCAGCCAAGACAGGGUGGUCAGGAGACAGCAGUUUGCCACCAGACCACCAGAACAGGUUGCCACCAGAGCAGGCCAACUCGGUGGAGGUCGAUUGGGAAGUUUGAAUUUUUAAAAUUAUAAAUGAAGCAAUGAUUUUAUUGGUCGCUGUAUUCCGCCUUGUUUACUCCGAUGACUCAUUUAUACAUUUAUGUUAGGCGUAUACUGUUUCACGUGGACUGCAUUCUUGGCACAGAAACUAUUAUUGCUCGGCUCUAUGUUCCUCUCCUUCUUAUGUCAUCUUAGGCAUUUUUCUUAGGUCUUAUUAAGUCUUCUUAGGCCUUCUUAUGUCAUCUUAGGGCUUCUUUUAUGUCUUCUUAAGUCUUCUUGGGUCUUCUUAGGUUUUCUUAUUCCUUCUUAGGUCUUCUUAGGCCUAUGCCUUCUUAUGUCUUCUUAAGUCUUCUUGGGCCUUCUUAGGUCUUCUUAGGUCUUCUUAGGUCUUUUAAAAUCUUAUGUCUUCUUUUAACUUUUAUGUUUUCUUAGGUCUUCUUAGGUUUUCUUAUUCCUUCUUAGGUCUUCUUAGGCCUAUGCCUUCUUAUGACUUCUUAGGUCUUUUUUAUGUCUUCUUAUGUCUUCUUAGGUCUUCUUAAGUCUUCUUGGGUCUUCUUAGGUCUUUUAAAAUCUUCUUAUGUCUUCUUUUAACUUGUAUGUCUUCUUAUUUCUUCUUAGGUCGUCUUAUUAUGUCUUUUUAUUCCUUCUUAUGUCUUGUUAUGUCUUUUUGGGUCUUCUUAAAUCUUCUUUGGCCUUCUUCUUUCGUCUCAUUAUGGCAGUAUAUCUGAUCCACGUAUACCUAAUAUCAUUCACAGGGUUCCUUAAACGAUCGGAGUCACUGAUUUCUCUAAGUAGAAUAUCAUUUCAUUUAAACUAUAACCAGCUGAAUUUACCUGACUAAGUGAUGUCCCGUAGAACAGUGGUUCCAAACCUUUUUAUUUUUGGCACCAUUCACCGUUUCUUUUUUUUUUUUUUGGGGGGGUGGGGGCAAAAACAUUUUUGGGGGGGCAAAAACAAUUUCUACAGACCGAGGUUUGGGAUGCUUAGGGAUUGAUUCAAGUGGACUCGACGUCAAUCGAGAGCCUCAAGGCUGCCCUGGCAUCUGCUGGGAGCCGUUUAGGAUAGCAUCAUUGCUUCCCCAACCGCUGCACAUAUGCCAGUUCAUGAAGUCAGCAACGCACCCUACCAGAAGAUCGAGAAAAAAAAUAAAACGCUCGCUCUCCGUGUCACAAUGUGUCCCAGUUCCUAAUAGGCCGCACACCGGAAGUCAGCGGUCCGAUGGUUUGGGAACCCUUAAUAUAAUGAUAUAAUUUAACUUAUUUUGCAGAGCGUCCACUAGGACUAUCCCUACACUGUGAUGGCAGGAGCCGGGUCAAUGCUAAAAGGAAAAGAGUAAAACAGAUCUAAACAUUAUUGCGCUACACUGGUUUAAUUAGUGCUAUACAUAUUUUUUAAUCCACAGCCAUGAAAUUCCAAGCGAUUUUCUUCGUGCUCUUCGCGCUGGCCUCCAGCUUCAUGUCCAUGUACGCUGUGGUCAGUGGACAAGAACUUACCAACGACACGACGACGACAACGUUCGCCCCAAUCAACCCCCCUGUCAGCACCAGCCAACCAUCAGCUUUUUCUGCCACGAACGAUUCAGCAUCCUCAAACUCAACGGUAACGGCGCCCCCCGGGGCGGACAACGGCGUGUCUCCGACCACUGUCGCCGUCACGAACCCGACGACCACCGUCGCCAGCACGGCGCCUCCGACAUCUGUCAACAGUUCUACGGACGCGGUGAACGGGACGGGGUCUCAGAACAGCACGGACGCGCCACCGCAGAACCUCGUAGCCAAUGGCACAGCAACAACAACUGCAACUACGACUACAACUGCAACUACGCAAGCGCCUAAGGGGGUCAGUGAGUCUUGUUUGGAAGCCUGGAGGAAACAUCGCGAGAAUCGGAGUGUAGAUGAUUUAUGCCAAAACAAAAACUACCGGUCAGUAGCCUUAAUAUAUUUAACCGCCCCCCCACACUUUUUUUUCCCAAACACACGCACACUUAUUUAAAACUGACCCUUCCAACAAAAAAUGAAUUGGAACCAAUCGAAUUUUUAUUAUCUUUCUCAAGUCUUUUUGUCAUUGGACUAUACGCAACGAACACAAAAAACUUUGUUUAUAGCCGACUUUGAACGAAUCCAUUCCAAUUAUUAGGACUGAACCUUCUAGCAUAAGCGCUAUACGUGAUCACUUCUCAUUGAAAUCAAACACGUUGUGUUAUAAUUAGUAUUCGUUUUUAAGCAUCCGUCCAUCUCCGCGAGGCCGGUGGGUCAUUUCACUGGAGAAAUAAACAACAUUCUAGCCGGUAUAAAAUAGUAGAGUACAGCUUAGUACCUAGGGAAGCUAGUAGAGUACAACUUAGUACCUAGGGAUUCGUAGGAAAUGCCAAAACUUGUUGUUUUUUUAAUUGAUUACCGGGGCAUACUAACUACAGAACGUCUUCACCGGAGUACGACGUCACAGGGCAGCUGAGGUUCACAAUCGAAGUUUUCCUUCUCUGAGACACCAUCUGAGGUACCAUCCCAGGCACCAUCCGAGGUGGGACGCAUCCCAUCUUCCCCGAGUGCCUGGAUUUCUUCGAGGUUCGAGCACCAGCCGACAAGUAUUCUGUUUUUGGCUGAUCUCGAAACGCUCCCACUUGCUUGACCACACAGCCAUCCAGCCUUAAGCAAUGAGAAAAUGACCCUUGAAUGAACUGCGGCAGUAAUUAAAUGACUUCUAAAAAAAUGAAAUGUUUGUGAAGAGACUGCUAAAACUAUUUAAAAAUAAUAUAAUUACAACAAAUAGAUCCACCAAGAUAAAUCCAGUGUGACAUUCUAACUAUUUAAAAAGUUGAACAUCACACACUAUUUCAAAAGUUUAACAUAACAAACUAUUUUAACAGUUCAACGUCACAAAAUAUUUCAAAAGUUUAACUCCACAAUCUAUUUCAAAAGUUUAACUUCACAAACUAUUUCCAUAGUUUAAGUUCACAAACUAUUUCAACAAUUUAAGUUCACAAACUAUUUCAACAGUUCAACGUCACAAACUAUUUCAACAGUUCAACGUCACAAAAUAUUUCAACAGUUUAACUCCACAAUCUAUUUCAAAAGUUUAACUUCACAAACUAUUUCCAUAGUUAAAGUUCACAAACUAUUUCAAAAGUUUAACAUCACAAACUAUUUCAACAGUUGAACGUCACAUAAACUAUUCCAGUAAUGCAACAUGCUCCACUGUUUCAGCAACGUGUCUGGAUGCGAAGAGGGCGAAGGCCAGAUCCUAUUCACCUCCGACUGCUGGUUUUGGGGGAAGCUCAACUCCACAGGUCAGAGCGUGGGUGACCACUGCAUUGGGCGGGUCACCGAGUGCCUGGCCAACGUGACGGGGUCAUCGCCGAAUGACGUGAAGACCGCCUUCUGUCACCUGGACAAGGUGCACAGCGACUGCUUCACCACGGUGGAUAACUCCACGUAAGUCUUACGUUUGGAAUCUUGCAGAACGCGGGCCGGGGGGGGGGGGGGGGCGCCACAUUUUGCUUAGAGAACUCAAAACUUCAGACAUAUUUUUGUUAAAAUAUAUCUUCGCCAAAUAACAUCAUCGACACUUAGCAGAUUAGCAUGAGACGAAGAGAUAUAGAGAGAUAAGCAUGAGAGAGAGAGACAGAGAGAAUGAGAGGAGAGUUAGAGAAAAACUAAGAGAGAGAGAAAGUGAGAGACAGCGAGAGAGAGACACGGGGGGGGGAGAAAGAAAGCGCGAGAGAGAAAGAGAGAGAGAAAGAUAAAGAGAGAAAGACAGUGAAAGAGAGAGAGAGAGAGAGAGAGAGAGAGAGUGGGGAAGAGAGAGAGAGAGAGAGAGAGAGAGAGGGGGAGAGAGAGAGAGAGAGAGAGAGAGGGAGAGAAAGAGAGAGAAAAAGAGAGAAAUAAAGACAGUGAAAGAGAGAGAGAGAGAGAGAGAGAGAGAGAGAGUGGGGAAGAGAGAGAGAGAGAGAGAGAGAGAGUGGGGAAGAGAGAGAGAGAGAGAAAGAAAGAGGGAGAUAAAGAGAGAGAAAAAGAGAGAAACCAUGUAGAGAUAAAGAAGGAGAGAGAGAAGAGUUUGAGAAAGAGAGAGUGAGAAUGAUAAAGAGAGUGAUACAAAGUGAGGGAGAGAAAGAGAGUGAGAGAAAAAGUGAGAGCAAGAUAGAGGUAAAGAGAGAGAGAGAGAGAGAGAGAGAGAGACGAGCGAGUACAAAGAAAUUUCCAAACUUAAAACAAACAAAACGCAAACCUCAACUAUAACUCACUUUGAGUUCACUUUGAAAUUAUUUCUUUCACUCCACACCAGGCAUGCUUGUUCGGCCAGCGACUACCAGGCUGUCCUCAAGGUGUCCGAUUGCUCGUCGUCCAGACGUGUGGCUGAGGUUUGCACGCUGAUAGUUCUCCUGGCCAGUGUGGUUGCCCUGGCCUUGACCUCCGAAUAAGUUCAGGCAGUAGUCGUUUAAAACUUUCGAACUUUUCCCGCUUUCGUCCUUGUAUGUACAAUGUACAUAAUCGUUUUCGACAUUUUAAACGCUGCAAUUUUUUGAACUCUUUCUAGAACUAAAUAUAUUUCAUCUCUCAUUAUUAAAUUAACCAAUAAGAUGUUACUUAUUGUAAAAAAAAAAAUGAUAACAUUUGAAACAAAAUAAAAAAUAUACUGUCGAAAAGAUCAACAUUUUAAGAAUUUGAAAUUAUAAAAUAAAAACGACUUAAAUUGUAAUACUUUGGUAUCAACCAAAUUUAUUUCACAUUACGUCUGUGAAAUUAGCUUUUUUUUGUAAGGGCUUUAUUAAAGCAUGUUCAACUGUUAGAAUCUCAGUUAAUCAAUUCAUCGCAUAAUCAUAUUAAAUGAAUCAAUUAAUAUAUGCAACAUUUUUUUUGGUGCCUUUUAAUACAUAUCAUAUUCGUUUUUAUUUUGAUUAGGGGCCAACCACAGAUAAUGACACGCAGCUAGCCUUUCCGAUUUUGUCCCCCCCCCCACCCCUUUUUUUUGUGUGUGCAUCUCAUUGUCACAAAUUCGUACCCCUCAUAAUACAAAGUUUCAAAUUCGUUACAACCCCCACCCCCAACCCCCCCAACCAUGCAUGGCGUUAUUUAAGGUUGGACCUUUUUAAAAAUAAACAAUUAUAAAAAAUAAUAUGUGUUUUUUUUUUACGUUCAAUUUGUUUUGAAAGAACGCGGUUGCAUCACGAUGC